ACCGGGACGGGGUAUGAGAGGGCGGCGGGGAGCUGGGAGCCGGGAUGGCGCGGAGCAGUGGGGCCCGGGACGGGAGGGCGACGGAGAGCCGGGAGCGGGCGGCAGCGUCCCGGGCCCCCGGCCCCGUCCGGCGGCCGCUGAUGCCGGCGCGCCCCCAUGCCCUCAGUGAGAUACUGGCGGCCGAGACCGUGUCGUGCCUGAACCAAGCCAUGGCGGUGCUGCAGGACAUCUGGGACGAGAUCGGCAUCCCCGAGAAGCAGCAGCUGGAGCGCACCGAGGCCGUCAAGAAGCACAUCGAGAGUCUUCUGGACAUGAUGAUCUCCGAGGAGAAGAACCUGAAGGAGUAUCUGUUGAACAGCAUUGCUGUCUGUCGGAAGGAGCUUGACACCCUCCACAGGGAGCUCCAGCUGGCGCCCUUUGAGGUGGAGGAACAAGGUACCAUUCUGCAGAUGGAGAAGGAUUUGCGUGCCCGCGUCCAAGUGCUGUUAAAGCAGAAAAGGGACAGGAAGCAGGAGCUGGAAAGUCUGCAAGAACGAGAUCGAGACUUGUGCGACAUCCUCUGCGCAGCCCCGUUCCGCAUUGACAGCAAUGCCGUGCCCAGCCUGGAGGACCUGGAUCGUUACAGGCGCCACUUGGCCUCCCUGAGCACUGAGAAGGAGCAAAGGCAAGAACAGUUUGUCAGCACCAAGCAGCAAAUCAUCCUCCUUAUGGAGGAGCUGGACCGCAGUCCGGACACAAGCUUUGAGCAGGACGUGGUGUGCAAGGAUGAUGAAGCCUUCUGUUUGUCCGAGGACAACAUCGCUGCCCUCCAGAACCUGCUGCAGCAGCUGGAAGCCCAGCGAUCCCAGAACGAAGCUGCAUGCACGGAGCUGCGCUCCAGAAUCACUCUGCUUUGGGAAAGGCUGCAGGUUCCUGUGGAGGAGAGGGAGUCUUCUGCGGUGCACAUGACUGGAUCCAGUACCAAAACCAGGAAAGCUCUGCAGUUGGAAGUGGACUAUCUGGAGGAGCUGAAGCUGCAGAACAUGAAAUCUGUGAUUCAGGCAAUCCGGGAAGAGCUGGCUGACUACUGGGACAAGUGCUUCUAUGGUCAGAAGCAGAGGGAAGACUUCAGCCCCUAUUAUGAUGAGGACUAUACGGAGACCCUGCUUGAGCUCCACGAUGCUGAGGUGAAGAAGAUGAAGAGCCACUAUGAAACACACAAAGAUCUGUUUGUGGCUGUCCAGAAAUGGGAGGAGAACUGGAAGCUGUUCCUGGAGCUGGAGAGGAAAGCAACUGACCCCAGUCGCUACACCAACCGCGGGGGGAAUCUGCUGAAAGAAGAGAAGCAGCGAGCAAAGCUGCUGAAGACGCUUUCCAAGCUGCAGGAGCAGCUGGAGAGCAGAGUCCAGGCCUGGGAGCAGGAGCAGGAGGGACCUUUCCUAGUGAAGGGACAGCAGUUCAUGGAGUUCGUGAGGGAGCAGUGGCAGCUGUACCACCUGGAGAAAGAGAAGGAGAAACAGGAGCGGCAACUGAAGAAAAGCCGCCAGAUUGAGGCAGAGAUGAUGUACGGAAGCACCCCUCGGACACCCGCCAAGCGUCGGAUGCACAGCCCCCACACGCUUGGCAAAGUAAGGAAGCUCAAUGGCACUUCCAUCUCCAGCGUCACACCCAACGCCACCGUUCGUUCAGUUUUUGGGGGAACCACCUACCACUCGCCAACGUUUUGUUUCCCACCUUCCCGAGGGAAGUUUGGCCAGGCUCGGACUCCCAACUGCAUGGCUGCGAAGCCGCCCCGUCCCAGGCACAGGGAGCAGAACAAGGAGAACAUGUCCCAGCCCAACGGAGCCAACGUGGGCGGUGGAUGCACCCCCACAACUCCUGGCCGGCAUAACCGCAGCAUUAUUUCUGUUGCCAGCACCUAUUCCGAGUUUGAGCGUAAAUUUUCGAAGGCGUCCAACUCUGACAGCUCCUGUGUCCUGAACUCCACCACCACCAAUGCCUUCUGCUGAGCUCCCGCCUGCCGCUCCAGCUGCUCGUAGUGGUAGUGAGUCCCCGCUCCGGCAGAGCACGGCGCACCCCUGCCCCAGGAGCCCCGUGCCGUGGGGUUAACCUCUCCUGGCUCCCAGGUGUUUCUCGGGCCAGCCUGGCUCUGCGGGGCAGGGGCUCCCUGCCUGCCAGGGCAGGGCCUGCACGGGAUGGUUUUUUUUUUUUUGGAAAAAAAUAUAUACUGCUUUUACUGGGGGAAUUAUUGAAAAUGUUUUUAAUAAAAGAUUUGAGUAGG